AUGCAAGUUCUUCCGGUUGCUAUCACCUUUUUCCUUUUUCAUUUUCGCCUUCUUACAAACCGUCAUAUUACCCGAGCCUUCUUUCUUUCCUCUUCUUUUUUCCCUUUUCUUUUAUUUUCCUUGACUUUUCUUUUUCUUUCAUUUCCAGUCUUUCAUUUUAUUAAUGAUUUUUCUUUACUUUUUUUUCAUUUCCUAAACUUUUUCUCUUCUCAACAUUUGUUUUUUUUCUGCUUCAUGCCUUUUCUUCUUUUUUUAAUUAUAAUUUCUUCUUUUUUAGUCGUUCUUUCACCAAUAUUUUUCAUUCUUUUCUUUCGUUCUUUUCCGUUGAUUUUUUUCUUUUUCUUUUCAUUCUUUUUCUUUCCGGCCUUUUUAUUCAUUUUUUUUCUUUUUAUUCUUCUUUUUUCUUCUUCUUUCCUUUACAUCUCUCUUUUCUAUUCUCUUCCUUCAAUUCUUUUUCUUUUCUUUUUUUAUUCAUCAAGUUUUUUCUUUGUCUUUACCUUCUUUUUUAUUUUUUACAUUUUUUCUUUUCUUUUUUCUUUCUUUUUCUUUGAUUUUUGUAACUUAUUUUUAUAUAAAUUUUUCAUUUCACUCUCUUUUUUUCCAUUUUUUUUUAUCAUUUUCUUCUUCUUACUCUUUUUCUUCUUUUUUUCCUUGAUUUUUCACUUUCUUUCUGUAUUUUUUUCCUUUCCAUUUUCUUAUUAA